AUGCGUAUCACCGUCAACGUCAUCCGCCCCGAGCAGGCGGACUCGGACAUCAUCAACCUAGAAGUGGGCGGCUAUAUGUCAAUCGAGCUCCUCAAAGCUAUUGUCGAAAGCGAAACUACCAUCCCACCUGAAGCCCAACAACUCGUCUACAACAACCAGCUCCUCCAGAACCCCUCCCAAACCCUAGACCAAGCCGGCAUCACCGAGGGCGACAUGCUCGGUGUGCACGUCACCCUCCGAGCUCCCCAACCCCAAACCACUCGCCCCGCCGCUUCCAGCUCCGUCGCGCCCAGACAGAACGCUCAACCCCGCCCCGGCAUGCCGGACCCCGAAACUAUUCGUUUACAUAUCCUGGGUGACCCCCGCGUGCGCGAGGCCGUCCGCAGGCAGAACCCGGAGCUGUCUGAAGUCGCGGAUAAUGCUCAGCGCUUCCGUGAGGUCCUGCUUAGGCAGCAACAGGGUGAGGCGCAGCGGGAGGCGGAAAAGGAAGCUCGUAUUGCGAUGCUCAAUGCCGAUCCUUUUAACCACGAUAACCAGAAGGAAAUUGAGGAGAUUAUUCGCCAGAAUGCUGUUACCGAAAAUCUACACAAUGCCAUGGAGCAUCAUCCUGAGUCCUUCGGUCGCGUGACAAUGCUCUACAUCCCCGUCGAAGUAAACGGCCACCGCCUAAACGCCUUCGUCGAUUCCGGCGCUCAGGUGACUAUCAUGUCGCCCGAGUGUGCAACAUCGUGUAACAUAAUGCGCCUGGUAGACCGUCGCUACGGCGGUAUCGCCAAGGGCGUCGGGACCGCCCCGAUCCUGGGCCGGGUUCACUCCGCCCAGAUCAAGAUCGGUGAGAUGUUCCUGCCCUGCUCCUUCACCGUCAUGGAAGGCAAGCAGAUCGACCUGCUCCUCGGUUUAGACAUGCUUCGCCGCCACCAGGCCUGCAUCGAUCUCCAGCGUGGUGCCCUCGUAAUUCAGGACCAGGCUGUCCCCUUCCUCGGUGAGGGCGAUAUCCCCAAGCACUUGACUGAAGAGUUCGAGGCCGAACCUACGGUCAAGGGAGCCGAUGGUGCCGAAGUGGGUGCCCGCACUGGCGCAGUCACGCAUAAAGCGGAAAAUAAUCCCAAUGCCAAUGCCACUCCCAAUAGCGCAUCCGCCUCCGGUGCGUCAGGGUCACAGCCAAGAAUCAAUAUCCGACCUGCCCCUACUUCGCGGUGGCCGCAGGACUCCAUUGCCAGGAUCACAGAGCUGGGAUUCUCGCGUGAGGAAGCUGUCCGGGCUCUGGAUAUGGCACAUGGAGACCUAGAGGGGGCGAUCGGGUUUUUGAUUUGA